UUAACCAAUCCUGAUUAUCUAAAACAUAUCACGAGAACGCGUUUUCUUGUUCGACUUGUUCGGUCUGGGAGCGACGACGUAAACAGGAUGUUAUCAUGGCGAGCGUUCCUAAACUGCCGGACAGCCUGGUGCUGGAGAUCUUCCUGCGUCUCCCCCAUGUGGCGGUGCUGAACGCCGGCCUGACCUGUCACCAGUGGUUUGCCGUGUCUAGAGAUGAGUUCCUGUGGAGGGAGCUGUUCUAUAGCUACUACCGUAUCCCACGCUCGGUCCCUCGCCACCCAGCGGCCGUGUCUUGGCACAGAGAGUUUAAGCGUCUCUAUGACUGCAUUCCCUGUGUGGAGGUCCAGACUCUGAGGGAGCACCAUGACCAGGUUCUGCAUUUGGCCUUCUCUCAUAGUGGCCAUCGCUUCUCCUCCUGCUCAAAAGACUGCACUGUUAAGCUUUGGGACACAGAGCGCCCAGAUGGCACCAUUUCUCUGGUGCACAGUUCCAGCAUGCGUGAAUUUAACUGGGGCUACACCCAGUUCUCCCAGUUCAACAGUGAUGACACUCUGCUGCUGGUGUCGGGGGUCUACCUGGGACUGCAGCAUUCCUCUUCUGGAGAGAUUGCCGUCAUCAGUUUAGACAACUACACGCUGCUCUCACGAGUGAGAAACAAGCCUUACGAUGUGUUCGGUUGCUGGUUAAACGAGACUCAUCUGAUUUCUGGCAACCUGCAUUGGAUCGGCAACAUGACAUCCUGCACCGUGCUUUGGCUCAACAAAGCUUUCCAGGACAUCGAGUCGGAAAACGUCAACGUGGUCAAGCGGCUCUUCAAGAUCCAAAACGUCAACGCCAGCACCAUUCGCACGGUGAUGGUGGCCCACUGCCGGCGGCACGACACGCCAGACCUGCUGCUCGACUACGAGGCACAAUCUCGAGCACAGGCCCAGCGACGUCACAAAGGAGAAUCUCAACACCACCAGCCACUGUUUUUCAACAUAGGAACUUCGGAUAGUGAGGAUGACGAUGAAGAAAGAGACCGAGAGGGCGAGGAGCAUGUUGAAACGAGGCACGCUGUUCAUCUGCCUCAGCUCAACCCAUCCAGACUAGAGCAUGUUAGACAUGGAUUUCAGAGUGAAAGCGCUCACGAUCGUCAACUGGAGGCACGAGUGGCUCGGCUCAUGGGGAGCAGUCGUACCAAAGCGCCCGAUCCCAGCCUGGUAGCACCUUCAGCCCCUGGGGAAGGAGAGGACAAGACCUAUUUACUGUUUACCACAGGCAGCCUUACAUACUCACCUCACCAGAUAGGUAUUAAACGCAUCAUGCCUGAUCAGAUGACAACAUGUGGACCUGUACUCGGAGAAGAGCGAAGCAGCGAGGAGUUUUUUGAUUCGCUAGACCAUGUGAUCGAUAUUCAUGGCCACAUUAUCGGCAUGGGCUUGUCACCUGACCACAGAUACCUGUACGUGAACAGUCGAGCAUGGCCAGCGGGGUGCGUCAUCUCAGACCCCAUGUCUCCUCCGCCCAUAGCGGAAGAGAUCGACAUGCACGUGAUCGACCUGAAGAGCCUGCGAGAGGAGCGCCGCAGCCUCCGGGCGCACCGAGCCUUUACCCCCAACGACGAAUGCUUCUUUAUUUUCCUUGACGUCAGUCGUGACUUUGUGGCCAGCGGUGCUGAAGACAAGCACGGCUACAUCUGGGACCGCCAUUACAACAUCUGCCUGGCCCGCCUUCAGCACGACGACGUGGUGAACUCUGUGGCCUUCAGCCCCGCCGACCAGGAGCUCCUCCUGUCCGCCAGCGACGACUCCACCAUCAAAGUGUGGCGCUCCCCACGCAUGGUGCGCAUGGCACGGCGCCGCCCGACCCGAGCCCGUGACCUCCUCGCGUCCCUCCGAGCUCUGCGUAACGCUAGCUCUAAUUUGAACGGCAAACUCUGAAGAGGGAAAUCGGCCUGAGAAUGUGACUAAAAAAAAAACCACUCCAAGCUUCUCAGAUCAUGAUCAGAGUGUCACUUUUAACACAAAAAAAUGGCCUCCUUUCUAACAGCGUUCCGGGUCGGCACGUUUCAUGACGGGACGGUCUCCCAUGUGGGGCACAGAAAGAACCUCCAUUACUGACGUUUUUUUUUUGUAAAUAAAUUAAAAGGAUUGUCCAGAGUGUCCCCGAUUUGCUGUGGGUUGGUCCGCAUUAAGCAUGCUGUCAUGGAAACCAGACCUUUUAAAGCAAAAUAAUAUUUUUUUUUAAUUAACAAUGAUGGGAAGUCCAACAACUCCAGAAGUGUAGGCACCCUGCAAAAGUAUGAGGAUGCAGUAUUGGUAUUCAAAAAAGCAUACGCAUUCUCUGCAAUAGGACUGGCAACCUUUCAUUGAUAUACUGUACUUUUAACGUGCAUUUAAUUAUUUUCUUCGCAUGCGAGUACCUUCUUCGAACAGUUUUCCAAGAGGACACGAACAGCCGACGGUGUGCUCGCAUGUUAAUCUGGAGGCAAGUUUGUUCUCAAAGAAGAAUCCUUCCAGUUAAGGUGUAACCUCCUGGCAGAGGUAAACAGUGUAAAAUGAGCAAAUGCAUAUACUUGGUAUCAAUCCUUUUUCAUGGAUUUGUUGUUUAGGGUUUAGAUGUUCAACUCUUACUGCUCUUUGGGUGGCACAUUUUUAAGCCUUGUGAACUUUUGCACGUUUUCUUAUCCGUCGUAGACAUUCUGUUUCUUGUAUCUAUAGUCGUUGUGUGCGCAGACUUUAUUUUUUUGAGGAGUGUCGAAGUGUCAAUUUUGGAAUUUACAGUUUGUUAGCGCCCCCAAAACAUUGCAUUAAUUCUGUUGUCCUCAUGAUGGGGGGGGGUGCCAAUAAUUCUGGAGUUGUCUGUAGGUGCAGAGUAAAAUGAAACACAUAAAAUUCCUACAGUUUCUUUUCUUUUUUUUUUUUUUUAAUUUAACUUUGCAUUCACUGCAACAGCUUUAUUUUCAGUUGUAUAAAUCAGAUGUUUAACACUUAAUGCUUCAAGGAGGAAUUUAUAGAUGUGGAUUUUUAAAACAUGUUUUAUUCAGGGUGUUUGUGUGACUUGAAGUUGUAACCUCUGGGCAGAGGCAACCAGAUUUCAGUGAGUGUCGUAGCGUGGCAAAAUCUUUCCAACACAAUGUCUGUCAUGUGAGUAAAAUGUGACAUUAAAACAUUGGACAAUU